GAAGCGGCGCCGGCGGCACCGGAAGUGGGGGCUGGCCUGCGCGCGGAUGGCUGCGGCUGCUGCGGUGGUGAUGGCUGCGGGCAGUGGCGGGGCCGGCGCGGCCCGCUCCCUCUCGCGCUUCAGAGGCUGCUUGGCUGGCGCGCUACUCGGGGACUGCGUGGGCGCCUUGUACGAGGCCCACGACAACGUCGACCUGAUGUCAGUCCUGCGUCACGUCCAGAGCCUGGAGCCUGAGCCCGGCACGCCGGGGAGCGCGCGGACAGAAGCACUGUACUACACGGAUGACACAGCCAUGGCCAGGGCCCUGGUGCAGUCCCUGCUAGCUAAGGAGGCCUUCGAUGAGGUGGACAUGGCUCACAGAUUUGCUCAGGAGUACAAGAAAGACCCUGACAGAGGGUAUGGUGCUGGAGUGAUCACUGUCUUCAAGAAGCUCCUCAACCCCAAGUGUCGUGAUGUCUAUGAGCCUGCCCGGGCCCAGUUUAAUGGAAAAGGCUCCUAUGGGAAUGGGGGUGCCAUGCGGGUGGCUGGCAUCUCUCUGGCCUAUAACAGCAUCCAGGAUGUGCAGAAGUUUGCUCGGCUCUCAGCCCAGCUGACACACGCCUCCUCCCUGGGUUACAAUGGUGCCAUCCUACAGGCCCUGGCUGUGCACCUGGCUUUGCAGGGUGAGUCUUCCAGUGAGCACUUCCUCGAGCAACUCCUGGGCCACAUGGAGGAGCUGGAGGGUGAUGCCCAGUCUGUCUUGGAUGCCAGGGAGCUGGGCAUGGAGGAGCGUCCAUACUCCAGCCGCCUGAAGAAGAUUGGAGAGCUUCUAGACCAGGACUCAGUGUCCAGAGAGGAAGUGGUGUCUGAGCUAGGGAAUGGUAUUGCUGCCUUUGAGUCUGUGCCCACUGCCAUCUACUGCUUCCUGCGCUGCAUGGAGCCCGACCCCGAGAUCCCUUCUGCCUUCAAUAGCCUCCAAAGGACUCUUAUCUAUUCCAUCUCACUUGGUGGGGACACAGACACCAUUGCCACCAUGGCUGGAGCCAUUGCUGGUGCCUACUAUGGGAUGGAUCAGGUUCCAGAAAGCUGGCAGCAAAGCUGUGAGGGCUAUGAGGAGACAGAUGUCCUGGCCCAGAGCCUACACCGAGUCUUCCAGAAGAGUCUGUGAGGACCACAGCUGCUGAGGCUAUGCCACGUCCAGUGGGACCAGCUACAGCUCAGACUGGAAACACUGAAGCUCCUCGAGCUGGGCUCCCCUACCUCAGUCUUCCUGUGGUAUGGGGCUGGGGUCUUCCUUGGGGGAGGUCAUUGGACCAGCGGGUGAGGGACCGGUGCCUCCCUCACUCUGGGUCCUGGCUUGCUGCAGAGCUGUGGAGCAUUCCCUGGCUCCUCAGUGGGAUAUGCGGGACCAGGGCAGUUUUGUUCUGGAGGGACACUUAGAGCAUUUUCCUUUGUUAUCUGGGACACGGGAUUUGGGGAAGUGGAAAUGAUCUGCAGUAGCAUCAUUUCUCCCUGUUGGGUUUUAGCCAGUUUGCCAGCAAGCCUGCCCUUGACUAGGCAAGGUUUGUGAGUGCAGGUUUUGUGGAUUGAGGGACAAGGACUUGCAUCCAGCUGAUGUAGUCCACACCACCCUUGUCUGUCGUGGAGUUUAUUAACAGCUUCCAGCGGAAGUCACAGCAAUAAACAGUUUUUGGUAAAUC